AAGCUCCCCCAACCUCGCUGGAGCUGCUCCUUUACUCGAGGCUCGACGGAACGCGCAUCAACACGCAGGACUGACGUACGGACGGACAGCAAGAAGCAAAAACCCGGCAUCUUCACAAUGAGAUAGCGCAGAAUGGACACGCUUCACCCGAGAGCCGAUUGGGAGAGUGUCGGGGACAAGUGGUUCCGGAAGACGCAGCUGUACACGGCCGUCUUUGACCAGGACCUGGACCUGGACAAUUACAUUGUCACGGGAGCUCCAUAUGCGGGUGCACUGGCACUAUGGCGUGACGACUCGAAGCUCCUGGCCUACCAGCCGGGCAGAGCAUCGAAGCCGGCGAUAGACAUCUACAGCCUCGCUGGCAAGAAGUUGCGCAGUAUCGCCUGGGACAAGGGCCAGAUCAAGGGACUCGGCUGGUCAGAGGACGAGACCCUCCUGGUCGUCACCGCCGAAGGGACAGUUCGUUGCUACGACUUGCAGGGGGACUUUACACAGUUCUCUUUGGGUCAUGGUGCCGACAAUUAUGGCGUUGAAUCAUGCCGAUUUUAUGAUCAUGGCAUGGUGGCCCUUCUGGGUAACAACUCCUUGGUGGUAGUCUCGUCAUACAUUGAGCCUCGGCCUAAAGCCCUUGCAACUACCCCCGAGGGCACGAUCCACUCAUGGGCCCUCGUCUCACCGAACCACACCUUGUCUAGAUCGGUAGAGGUGUUGUUGAGCGUGGAACAGACUGUCUAUGUCGUCGAUGCCACGGACUGCGAAGACCGGUUCCUCGAUAUUGGUCCCUUCAGCCACAUUAGUGUAUCACCAGAUGGCCGAUACGUCAACCUCUAUGGCAAGAACGGAAAGGCCCAUGUUAUUUCCAGCGACUUCCAGGAGCGACUGUUCGAGCACGACUCUGAUUCCAAGACACCGCCCAAGUAUGUUGAAUGGUGCGGGAGUGAUGCCCUCAUAGCUUGGGAGGACGAGGUCCACAUUAUCGGACCUGGCGAUGUCUCAUCAUCAUAUAUUUACGACAGCACGAGGGUGCAUGUCAUCUCAGAGCACGAUGGUGCUCGAUUAAUUACCAACGACUUUUGCGAAUUCCUAGAGAGAAUCCCGCGAGACACACUCGAGGUGUUUGGCCACGCAUCGGACUCUUCACCGGCGUCGAUUCUUUUGGACGCCGUCGGCCAGCUGGAGCUCCAGUCUCCCAAGGCCGAUGACUACAUUCAGCUCAUUAGACCGAAUCUCACCGAGGCCGUGGACACCUGCAUUAAUGCUGCAGGACGCGAAUUUGAUGCUCACUGGCAGAAACGGCUACUAAAGGCUGCUUCCUUCGGAAAGUCGGUGCUUGAUAUCUACAAUAGCGACGAUUUUGUCGACAUGUGUGAGACCCUCCGAGUCCUGAAUGCGGUGCGAUUCUACGAGGUUGGAAUUCCCCUGUCAUUCGAGCAAUACCAUCGUUUGACGCCGGAGGCGCUUAUUCGACGACUUCUGAACCGCCACGAGUACCUCCUAGCACUGAAAAUCGCGGGACACCUUAAGCUGCCUUCAGACCGGAUCUACGUCCACUGGGCGUCUAGCAAAGUCCGCAUGGGAGGUGAGGAUGAUGACACGAUCUGUCGGCUGAUCGUCGAGAGGCUGUCAGGAAAGCCUGGAAUUUCGUUUGAGGAGAUUGCACGAGCUGCGUACCAGGAGGGCCGAGGCCGUCUUGCGACUGAGCUCUUGAACCACGAACCUCGAGGAGGCAGACAAGUCCCUCUCCUUUUGAGCAUGGAGGAAGACGAGCUGGCCCUCGACAAGGCUGUUGAGAGCGGUGACACGGAUCUCAUGCUCUCAGUCCUGAUACAGCUAAAGAAGAAACUGCCGCUUGCUGCCUUUUUCCGUGUGAUAAACGCACGGCCGACGGCGACGGCGAUUGUUGAGUCAUCAGCGAUGGAGGACGGAGAUAACUCGCUCCUCAAAGAUCUCUACUAUCAGGACGACCGUCGCGUGGAUGGAGCCAAUGUCUUUAUCCGCGAGUCACUCCGCCAGCCUGACGCUCGAACGGCAUCCGAUAAGCUUGCCCUUGCUGCUAAGCUACUCUCUGACUCGAAAGAGGCAUCGUUUGAGAUGCACGCACUCAAGGAGGCUACAACACUCCUGCGGUUGCAGGAAUCAUUCGAUCGCGAUUUAACGGACACUUUUACGGGACUGAGCGUCAAUGAGACCAUGUUUAAACUGAUCCGGCUCGGGUAUCAUGGACGAGCUAAGAAGAUCCAGAGCGAGUUCAAGGUACCGGAGAAUGUGGCAUGGUGGAUUCGGUUGAGAGCGCUAGUUGCGAAGCGGGAGUGGAACGAGAUUGAAGAGAUCGCGCGGGCCAAGCGAAGCCCUAUUGGAUGGCAGCCGUUCUAUAACUUGACACUCCAGGCAGGCAACCCACGACUUGCGGCCGUGUUCAUACCCAAGUGCGUGGGAUUGGAGCCUGGAGAGACUAUCACGAUGUACGAGAAGUGUGGCAUGCGAGUCAAGGCAGCACAGGAGGCUGUGAGGUUGAAGGACGCUGAGUCAUGGGAGCGGCUGCUGGAGGCGGCGGGCAAGGGUACACAAGAAGGACGAGAGAUUGAGAGACUAGGACAAACGGUGUUUAAGAAGUAGAAUUGUAUAAUGCGGAGGCUUUGGUGGCCAUGGGCGUGUUUGAUGUGAGGGCAUUCAUAGAUAAAUCAGAUAUUACCUUUGGGACGUUGUUGAAUGGAACAGCGAGGUUGAUACUCAGGCCUCUGCUUAUUUUGCAUUUGGAA